AUGGCCUACUUUCUGCCAGAGAUAGAGGACUCUGUGAUCGCCAUGACCAACCUCGAAGCGGACAGGCGCAGGCCCGCCAUCGACGGGUGGAAGCCCAUGGGCCGCGUCGAGUUCCGGGCCUACGUGGGGCUGCUGGUGCUCGCCGGCGUGUACAGGUCCCGGGGAGAGGCCUGCGAGAGCCUGUGGGACGCCGAGAGCAGCAGAGAGACCAGACGAGCCAGGCGAGGCGAGGGCGGCGGCCACGGCUACGACAAACUGGCCCCCAUCAGAGCCGUGUGGGACGAGUGGUGCGCGAGGCUGCCCGCCAUGUACCGCCCGGGACCGGAGGUCACCGUCGACGAGAGACUGGUGCCGUUCAGAGGAAGGUGUCCGUUCAGACAGUACAUGCCCAGCCAACCGGCCAGGUACGGGAUCAGACUUGCAUCUUCCAGCUACGCGUGGAAGAUGCAAGUCUACACCGGCAAGCCCGACAAGCGCGGCCCUCCCGAAAAGCACCUGGCCACUCGAGUGGUCGUGGACCUCACCGAGGGACUGGCGCCGGGACGCAACACCCGAGAUCCCAGAGAGCUGCGCUGCAUCAAGGGCAGGGCCGUGGACUCCGUGGAAUCCGUAGAACUCGGCGGCUCCGCGGCACGAGGACAAGGAGGAGGAGAAGGAGGAGGAAGAGGGCCAGACACGAUCAUCCUCUCCUACGUGACCAAGAAGAACAAGAACGUGCUGCUCUUCACCACCGCUCCUCGCUACCACCACCGCUCCGACCCCGAGCCCCGGCCUAGCCGCAGCAGCAGCAACAUGCUGCAUUACAACCGCACCAAGGGAGGCGUCGACAACCUGGACAAGGUCGUGAGCACGUACAGCUGCAGGAGAAAGACCUGCAGGUGGCCCGUGGCCCUUUUCCACAACAUGGUCGACGUGGCGGCCUACAACGCGUUCGUGCUCUGGAGGGAAAUUCACCCCGACUGGAUGGCGGGCAAGCUCAACAAACGAAGGCUCUUCCUCGAGCGGCUGGGCAAAGCGCUCGCGCACCCCAUGAUCGAAGCCAGGGCGUUAGCGCGAGGAGGAGGAGGUGGAGGAGGAGGAGGAGGCCGUGCCGCGGCCCGAGGUACUACUGCUACUACUACUACUACUACUACUGAGGACGACGAUGCCGAUGCUAGUACUACUCGCACGGCUGACGCUACGCCGCGCGACUCCUCUCCGGUCAAGAGGCGAAGGUGCCGCGUGUGUCCCAGAAGCAAAGAUGUCAAGACCAAGAUCCUGUGCCACGAGUGCCGAGCGUACGUGUGCACCAACUGCGCCGUCACGUACUGUCCCAACUGCGCCGCUUCACGCAGUCACGAUACAGGUCUGAUCCAACUGUGUCCUGAGAGCCUUGUGGAGAUGGAGGAGGAGGAGCUGCGGACUGGAUUAGCAGUGCUGGAGGGGGAGACUCUGAGUGCUCUGCAAUACACUGGAUGUUGUCUGUAA